AUGCAAAGGAACCGAAUGCAGGCUGGGGUGUUACCUUGCUCUGUCACCGCAGCACUAUUAGUGAAAUGGUGUGUUGGAUUGGGCGGAUAUUCAGGUGCUGGUACUCCGCCGCUAUAUGGCGAUUUCGAAGCACAGAGGCAUUGGAUGGAAAUCACAAAUCACUUGCCUAUUCGACAAUGGUAUACUUAUGACCUGAAAUAUUGGGGAUUGGACUAUCCGCCCUUAACUGCCUAUCAUUCCUGGCUCUGCGGAUUCAUAGGAUCCUUCAUUAAUCCGACAUGGUUCGAACUGGACAAGUCCCGUGGAAUAGAGACUGUUGGGAGCAAACUAUUCAUGCGUGCCUCCGUCCUUGUGUCCAAUUUGCUCGUGUAUAUCCCCGCCUUGGUAUUCUUCGUUCGUGCAUGGCAUAGCAGCCGUUCAAGACGUACACAAAGCUUGGCACUUCUAUGUCUGCUGUUCCAACCUUCCUUAAUUCUCAUCGACUCUGGACAUUUUCAAUAUAACUCUGUUAUGCUUGGUUUCACCAUCCUUGCACUCGACUUCUUUUCGCAGGGUCGAGAUGAACUAGGAGCCAUCUGUUUUGUUGCCAGCCUCUGCUUCAAACAGAUGGCGCUUUACUAUGCACCCGCGAUAGGUUCAUAUUUACUCGGUAGAUGUCUAACUUUAGGUCCAAACGCUGGACCACGCCUGUUCUUCCGGCUUGCCGCAACAACAGUCGGUUCCUUCAUUAUCGCAUUCCUUCCUUUCCUUCCACCGUUUGCACCCCUCUCCGGAAUACUCGACCCUCUUUCACGUAUUUUCCCAUUCGCGCGUGGACUCUUCGAAGACAAGGUCGCCAACUUCUGGUGUGCGUCGAACGUCAUCUUAAAAUGGCGCACGCUUCUUCCUCAACCUACGUUAAUCAAGCUCUCAACGGCUCUUACCGUCUUGGGUUUCUUACCCUCUGCGAUACAACUCGUUGCAACUGGUUGGAAAACGAUGGACUUAUCCCCCGAUGAUUCUGGUCGUCCAGAAUCUCGAGAUACCUCGAUAAAGAAAAGAAAAGAUGAGACAGUCGCGACUCCGACUCUACCGAUCCUUCCUUGGGCGAUGCUUUCCUCUUCCAUGUCGUUUUUCCUAUUCUCGUUCCAGGUCCAUGAGAAGACGAUCCUCCUUCCGCUUCUUCCGAUCAACCUCCUAUUGUCUGGUGCACCACAGAACUCGUUCAUGUUUAAUUGGGGGAUGUUGGUGAAUAACGUUGCUGUCUUUAGCAUGUGGCCGUUAUUGAAGAAAGACGAACUUGGGCUUCAGUAUAUCGCAUUGACAUUCUUAUGGAACUAUUUACUCGGAUACAAUCCCUUUCGUAAACCAACUGAAAAACAGCUCGUUUACUAUUUCAGUCUCGCAACAUACUCCGCAAUCCUACUCUUACACACCGCAGAACUCCUCAUCACACCUCCACGUCGUUACCCCGAUAUCUUCCCCGUUUUAAACGUACUAGUUUGUACUCCGGUGUUUGGAAUGACUUGGCUUUGGAGUAUUAAGAGGAGUACGGAGGUUGCGUGGGGUGUUGGUGGGUUGAGUGUUACUAGCAGUAGGAGAGCGAAGAAUGGUGCUAGCUCGACGACGACGACGACGACGACGACGACGACGAAAAGUGAUUGA